CGAAGUAUUUAUUUGCAAUUAUUUUAAUUUCUAGAAAUCGGAAAUAUUUUAUUUUAAUAUAUUUUUUUUAGCUCUUAGAUCCUUUAAGCCUUCGUAUAAUGAUAACAUAUGACAGUCGAAUACGUAUGAAGACAUCAAUGUGUGCAUGUUCACAUUUGAUCAGUGUGCAUGAAGCUAUGACAUUAAUAAUAUUGUCUUUAAUUUACCCAGAAAAAUUGGAAAAUAAACCUACUGUACAUGGUUUAGAUUCCGAUUCAUUUAAGGAGAUCGUAAUUGAUUAUAACGAACCUUUGACUUUUUCCACUUUAGAAUCUAUAUUGUUUGAAACACCCAAUAAUAGAGACAGUCAAGAGUCAAUAGAUCCUGAUAGAGGAGAUAUUCCUCAAGUUUUUCCUUAUAAUUCUAUAAAGUGGGCUAAAGAAAAUAAUAAAGAAUUUGAUGUAUUUGUAUUUUUGGGAAAUAACAAAAUGAAUUUAAAUCUUUUUGAAAUGCAUAUGAAAGAAUAUCAAGCACAUUUUAAAAACCCGGUGAAAAUUGUUAUACUUUGUCUCAAUGGAAAGCAUUAUGAACAAUAUACUCUAGGUCGAAAAAAUACAUUGUUUAUUAUUGGCUUUGAUAAAAAUGUUGGUAAAUUAAUUAAUUCCUUUUUAAAGGAUGAUUUUUAAAAAUUAAAAUAUAUUAUGUUGUUUUAAGAUUAAGAUAAUUCA